UGAGUAGUGUUUUGCUAGCUUUAGUGAACGACCAAAUUGAAAUUUUUCAGAUUCAUUUUCACUAGAGCACUGGAAACUACGUAGAAAGAAAGGCAUUCGGAAGUUUAGAGGUCAUUAGCUAACCUGAAGCAAACGCUGGAGAAAUCACUCGCACGAUAUGAUCACGUUUAGAAAAAGUUUAAAUUGUAAAGUGUCGGAAUGCGCGCGAACCAUGCGCCUCAGAGGAAACGCUCUUGAUUAUCUUUUUACACCGCGUCUUACCUGGUGUUAACAAGACUUCAAUGUGAUGUGUGAGCUGGUUUAGUCCGACAUGCAUUCCUUGCGAAUAAAAAAAUGUAAGCGGUAAUAAGUUUACGGAUGACAAUGCUUGCGAACAAAACUACCCAGAAAUGAUGGAGCCUUGUGAACUGAUUACCACUGAACGGACGGAAAAGCAAUGUUGAGAUUCUAACAUUCUGUCACAUUGCGGCUCAUUUCAUUGCCAUCGUCAUGUAUUUUGCAUAAAUAUAAAAUUUACGUUAUCGUAUGGGUUAUCAGUGGGUUCUUGGCUUUCUUCCAAUCGUUUGUUAUGGCGAAGGUCACACCAAUUCUCAUGCCUCUUGCAUAUCGGGUGCACACUUUGGGUCACUGCGUUUUGUGCUGAUGUUUUAUAUCUGGGCUAAAGUGCGUCCAUUUUGACGGAACAAACAGCAACUGAAUAAGGUGAAAUUGUGCUAUUCAAAGCGAGCCACCCAAAAGAAAUGUAUGGCACAAUUCAAUAGAGUAAUAUUGGAAAGCCUGGACUGGGAAAAAUUGUCCCAGUCCCUUCCCGUCAGCAUGCGACGUGGGACGUCAGCGUGCGACGUUUGUAGGUUCUAGAAUGUUUACAGUCGUUUCAAUGUCGAUCUGUUGAGGGGAAAAAUCCAUGGAAUUAAGGUCAGAUUAUGAUGACAGAAAGAAAAGCUGGGCACAUCUUGCUGACCGGUGACACUUCCAUAGUGGGAAGUACACAAGAAGGAGGCGUCCUAGCGCAUAAUCGGACCAUAAUCAUGCUGUUUGUAUCGAUAAACCCGUUUAUAUCGCGAUGAACGCAAGAAUCUAGUAAAGAUUGACGAUAACUGAAUACUCCUAAAAACAGUUCUGGCUCAUUGUUGCGUUACUGACAUAUUUGAACAAGACAUUACAACUUUAUCUUUUGGUUUAACAGAACGACGCGUUUACCCCCUGGUAGGUGCGUCGUUUAGCUCGAGGUUCUUGUUCAGCGUAAUCCGCAUCAAACUUGUGGAUAGUCUUAACACCAUUGUUCCCGUUUUUAAUAUAUUGUUGUUCCAAUGCGACCACCAGGAAACCAGAACAUGGUCAGUGAGAUACAACAGCAAUAAACUUUUCGCUGUAAUGCCAACAUGGGCAGCCAAGUGGUCGUAGUGUUAGUGUGAGGACAAGCUCGCGUCUACUCGACAAACUUUCAAUCCUCAAGUCGUUUGGACUCUCUUUGAUUUCUCGUUUGGGUUGACCUUAAUCUGUCAGCUCCUGUCAAGUUACCUGUUAUUGAGUUAAAUCAUUAGAUUGGUAAACAAGUUGGGAAGACUGUUGUCUCGGUCACGUUUUGUCCAUUCCAUCGUUUCUUAAUCCGACUUCAUUGAAUUGACCCACAUUUAUCUCCCAAUCGGGUUUGCUAGCGCUCAGCUUAACAAUCGUAUCGAUUACUGUCAAACAGAAAGAAAUGGCUAGGGCUGGAUCACGCUUUGCAAACAAAUAAGCAGAAUUACUGAGACGUUACCAUGGCUGUUCGUUUUCGUUUACCUGCCUUGAUGAGAGAAGCUGCGGCUGAGUUCGCGGCCACCUUCAUUUUACUGACUUUUGGAGUGGGUUCAGUGGCUCAGAUGGUUCUUAGUAACUGGAAGUUUGGAAAUUUCUUCUCAGUCAACUUCGGUUGGGGAAUUGGAGUCACACUCGGUUGUUAUUGGGCAGGGGGAAUCUCAGGCGCUCACAUGAAUCCCGCGGUGACGUUGGCAUUUGCUGUCGUGAGAAGACUUCCCUGGAUUAAAGUACCCGUAUACUGGGCAGCACAAAUGCUAGGAGCAUUCGUGGCUUCUGCUUGUGUCUAUGGAGUUUACUAUGACGCCCUAAACAAAUAUGAUGGAGGUGUCCGCCAGAUACUGGGUCCAAAUGGCACUGCAGGGAUCUGGGCUACAUAUCCUCAGGACUACCUGUCAAUUGGGAAUGGCUUUGGUGAUCAGGUGUUUGGCACAGCCCUGUUGGUUGGCUGCGUCUUCGCCAUUAUCGAUAGGAGUAACAAUACUCCUGACAAGGGCUCAAUACCCGUCAUGAUUGGUCUGGUCGUGUUCGUUAUUGGCGCCACUUUCGGAUACAACUGCGGAUACGCUAUUAACCCGGCCAGGGAUCUGGGACCAAGACUUUUUACCGCAAUAGCUGGAUGGGGCGGGGGUGUGUUCACCGCGGGAAACAAUUGGUCCUGGGUACCAAUAGUUGGUUGUUUCUUGGGCGGAAUUCUUGGGGCGUUGGCCUACAUCGGUCUUAUCGAGAUGCAUCACCCUCAAGAAGACCCGAGGCCGGCUAACACGGAACUCGAGAGUAUCAUUACAAGUAACUGAAGACAGAGUGGGUGCUCCGGAUGAAUCAUCGUGUUUCAUGACAGCUGAUGAUAACUAAGGACUUUUCAGUGGUGUCUUAUAUAGUGUACUUGUCCUCAUAGUCGCAUUUAGUAUAGAAACGUCUGUAGGAGAAAAGCGAAUAAUUACCUUGGAAGGUAAUUGAAGUUCAAGACUUAAGCCUUGAUAAGUAAAGACGUAGCACAUUGAAUAUGUACAAAGAUGUAACCAGUAGCUAGGCCGUUUUCUGUUGUAGGACCCUGCCAAGUAAUUCUAUAGUUCUUUCAGUUCAAGAGGGUUCAAGCGUUCAAAAUGUCACAGAUCGAGAUACUGGAAAAUUAGUAAAUGAGUCUCAAAGCCAAAAAUAAGAAGAUUGGUAAAUGUUCCUGCUUAUAGCACACUUUGUCAAACUGUACCAUUCCAGAUCUCACGUUUACAAACAUAAACAAAAUUACAAUUGAAAAUGGAAGUAUCAGAACUACCCUAGCUGCUAUGUCACUAGAAAGAACUCUAUUUAACAAUUAGAUUAUUCGUUCUCUAUUAGCUAUCAACUCAUAGAAAUAGAGAGCGAAUUAUCUAAUUAUUUUACUAGGAUUCUAACUAAAUGAACGCAAAUAAUGGUUUCCAAUUAUUUCUCCAUGUAUCAUUAAACUGUAGACUUUAUCAAAAUCGCAUGGACAUUGGAAAUUUGUAGUUGUCUGCGCGCGUGCACCCGUUUUUCAAUGACUUCAAGUUUAAAAAGGUCAAGAAACCGUAAAUAACUCUGUUACAGUCUUCUCAAGAAUUUAAUUAUUCGUUUGCAUCUAAACAUUCCUCCAAAACUUCUGGAAUAUCAGAAAACGUCGCCAUUUCGUAGACGACUGACAGCCACUGCACUCUAAUGGCUGAAAGUGUACGGUUAGCUCAGCCAAUCAGAUUGCAGCAUUUGCAUUAGUAUUUUAGUAGAAUUCUACUAAAUGCAUUUAUUAUUGUGUCAAACAACAUGUAUGAUAAAAUAUGGCUUUUUGAAUGCGUAGUUAUUGUCACCUUAUCUAACCUUGCAUCUGUUACGUAUUGUAUAUGACAAUUGAAAAAUAUUUUGUUUAUGGUCGUUGUUGUUGCUGUUGUUGUGGUAACUAACAAAACGCCCAGCUAAUGAGCUGGAUUCCAAUCUUUCUUAAUGAAUGAGAUUAAAAGUAACUGAAAAUUCUUUAGA